AGAGGAGGUCCGCGGCCCGGAGGCGCUCGCUGCUCCUCUGACUAACGGCCUCUUUUGGUUGCAGACACGUCCGGCCAGGAAACGGCUUCGUCCCGAACUUCCCGAUGUUUGAGAAAGGAGACGUGAACGAACAAGAGGAGCAGGGCGUCUUCACCUUCCUCAAGGGCUCCUGCCCCCCGGUGGGGGACCUCCUCGGGGACCCGGCCCAGAUGUUCUGGUCUCCCGUGAAGCUCAGCGACAUCAAGUGGAACUUCGAGAAGUUCCUGGUGGGUCCGGACGGGACGGCGGUGAUGAGGUGGCACCCGAGCGUCCGCGUGUCCGCGGUGCGCGCCGACAUCCUCCAGUACCUGCUGGAGCAGCGGCGCCCGCCCGGCUAGACCGGACCCACGAGAAAGCUUCCCGUGAGCCGUUAGAAUCCCGUUAACGGGUCCCGGCGCACGGAGACGGCACGCCGCAUGAAGAGGAGGCCCGAAAGCAGGGAGCCUGCGGAGCCUCCUCGGAGUCCGGGCCCCCGGCGCGCCUCAGCGCAUCGGAGCCGCCGGGAGCCCGGAGCCGUGUCCGCUCCUCGCUCGGUACCGUCAAAUCUAAACGUGCAUAAUAAUAAAACACGGAGAACACGC